GAAAUUUUCUGUUUUUCUUUAACAUUGCAAACAUGAAUCCCGAAAAGCUCGCUAAACUCCAAGCUCAGGUCCGCAUCGGUGGCAAGGGUACUCCCCGCCGUAAGGUCAAGAAGGUCACCAAGUCUGCUGGUACUGACGACAGAAAGCUCCAAGCUACCCUUCAGAAGCUCUCUGUCCAGCCCAUCGCUGGCAUUGAGGAGGUCAACAUGUUCAAGGAAGACGGUAACGUCAUCCACUUUGCUAACCCCAAGGUUCACGCUGCCAUGAACUCCAACACUUAUGCCGUCUAUGGUCGCGCUCAAGAGAAGGAGCUUACCGAGCUUGUUCCCGGUAUUUUGAGCCAGCUUGGCCCUGACUCUCUUGCCAGCCUCCGCAAGUUGGCCGAAGCCUACCAAGCCGCCCAAGGUAGCGCCAACGCUGAUGACGAUGAUGAGAUUCCUGAGUUGGUUGAGAACUUCGACAAGGCUGAAGUCUCCGAGAUCACUGAGGAGAAGGCUGAAUAAGUUAAACGCUAAAUAACUAGCUGUUUUCACAUAGUCUUUAAAGCGUCAAGGUGCUGGAUUUCCGUUUCAAUCAACUAAUUUGGCUACACAAUAAUAAUGUGAGGCGUUGACAGACAUUUGCGAAUCUAUAUAAAAGCUGGCUUGUCCUUUGGCAAUCAACGUACCUUCCCUU